UCGAGAUCACGGAAGUAUCCAGCUGGUGCCCUACACAACUUUUUUUUCUUCAGUGGGUAUAGUUUCUGCUGUCAUCAGCAUGACAGGAAAGACGGGUGGUUUUUGUUUUAAACCGAGAGCACUUUAAGUCAGCAUUCCUUUAUUUUUUAUUUUUCUUUUAGAAUAAAGAGAUUGCGUUUGGAAUCUUUUUUUUAAGACAGACACUAUCUUUGGCUUUUGGCUUUGAAAAAUAAUUUAUCAAAAUAUCUGCUGUAUGCCAACAAGAACACACCAUGGCCAAGCGAGUGGCGGUGAUUGGAGCUGGUGUGAGUGGCCUGUCCUCCAUCAAAUGCUGCUUGGAUGAGGGCCUGGAGCCCACCUGCUUUGAAAGAAGUAAUGACAUCGGGGGACUGUGGAAGUUCACUGAAACUUCUACAGAUGGGAUGACCAGGGUCUACAAGUCAUUAGUGACAAACAUCUGCAAAGAAAUGUCAUGUUACAGCAACUUCCCCUUCCAAGAAGAUUAUCCCAAUUUCAUGAACCAAGAAAAAUUUUGGGAGUACCUCCAAGAGGUUGCUGAGCACUUUGGCCUGCUGAAAUACAUUCAGUUUAGGACCACAGUGUGCAGCGUAACAAAGCGUCCUGACUUCUCCGAAACCGGUCAGUGGAAUGUUGUCACAGAGACAGAGGGGAAGCAGGACAGAGCUGUCUUUGAUGCCGUCAUGGUUUGUACUGGACAUUUCCUGAAUGCCCGUUUACCUUUGGAGUCAUUUCCUGGAAUCCAUAAGUUUAAAGGCCAGAUCCUGCACAGCCAAGAGUACAAGAUCCCAGCAGGCUUUCAGGGCAAACGCAUCUUAGUGAUUGGUCUUGGGAACACUGGAGGGGACAUUGCAGUGGAGCUCAGUCGAACUGCAGCUCAGGUACUUCUCAGUACUAGAACUGGUACCUGGGUUGUCAGUCGUUCUUCAGAUGGGGGCUACCCAACCAAUAUGAUGGUCACAAGAAGACACCAUAAUUUUAUUGCACAAGUUCUGCCUUCGUGUUUAAUAAAGUGGAUUCAAGAGAGGCGCCUGAAUAAAAGAUUUGAUCAUGCGAAUUAUGGACUAAAUAUUACUCAGGGGAAAAAGCCAAAAAUAAUUGUGAAUGAUGAGCUGCCAACCUGUAUCCUCUGUGGGACAAUCACUAUAAAAACCAGCCUGAAGGAGUUCAUGGAAACCUCCGCUCUCUUUGAAGAUGGGACCGUGGAAGAAGACAUAGACGUUGUGAUCUUCACUACAGGAUACACAUUUUCUUUUCCCUUUCUGGAAGAACCUCUCAAAAGCCUUUGUGCAAAGAAGAUAUUCCUAUAUAAGCAGGUCUUUCCAUCAGACCUAGAGAGGACAACACUAGCUAUGAUAGGCUUCAUCAGCCUUAAGGGAUCCAUCUUAGCAGCUGCCGAGCUCCAAGCACGAUGGGCCACGAGAGUAUUCAAAGGACUCUGUAAGAUACCUCCAUCUCAAAAAUUGAUGGCCGAGAUUACGAGAAAGGAGCAGCUCAUAGAAAGGGGUUUGAUGAAAGAUACCAGUGGAGACAAACUUGACUAUAUUUCCUACAUGGACGACCUCGCUGCCUGCAUAGGCGCAAAGCCCAACGUCCUACUUCUGUUCCUCAAGGAUCCCCGACUAGCUUGGGAAGUUUUCUUUGGACCAUGUACUCCUUACCAGUAUCGCCUCAUGGGACCUGGAAGAUGGGAUGGAGCCAGAAAUGCCAUCUUGACCCAGUGGGACAGGACACUGAAACCCUUAAAAACUCGAACAGUUCGUGAUUCCUCCGAGCCUGCCUCCAUGUCACAUUAUUUGAAAGCUUGGGGAGCACCUAUCCUGCUUGCUUCCCUUCUAUUGAUCUGUAAGUCUUCACUUUUUUUGAAAUUGGUGCCAGAAAAACUACAGGACAGAAUUUCUCCUUACUUAAUAAGUAUUUGGUGAGGAGAAAUCUGAUUGGUUAUGAGGGUUGUACCAAGUCAUAUUAGUUCUAUUCCCAAAUAUCUUGUGUUUUUCUUCCUCUCCUCUCCAUCAUAACUGUUAUCAUCCAAGUUUAGGUCUAAUCAUCUCUUAGCUGAAUUAUUGCACUAGCUUCCUCUCUAGUCUCAGUACCUCCUUUCUGGCCUCCUUUACCUAAUCAGUUAUUCUAAAAUAAAAACCAUUGUCAUUGUUUCCAUCAAGAUCCUGGUAGGAAUAAGAUAGAAUUCAAAUUUGGUAAUUUGUGGAAAUUUUGAUAUAAAGAUUACAUCAAAUGGUUUGGGCAGAGAGUAGAAUGAAAUACUCCCAGACUAGUAACCAUGAGGUGCUUUUACCAUCCAUGGGUGUAAUGAGGCAAGAGGAGAAAACAAUUAUGAGUGUGAGAGAGAGAGAGAGGGUUUAUAUGAAAUGGGCUACCUCUCAAGAGCUAUGAGCUCCAGCUGACCAAUGAAGGCAGUCAUUGGUGACCCCGAAAAGUACAGAGCUAGGGAAAUUAAUUGCCUAAUCUUAUGUUCUUCCCUCCCUCUGACUCUCUACCCGUGCUCCCCAAUGGCCUAACCAAACCAAAACUCAGAGGGCAAAGUUACUGACUAUUGUGGAUUUAACUGAAUCCCCCGCCCCCAAAAGGUACAUUCAAAUCCUAACCCCUGGUACCUGUGAAUGUGACCUUACUUGGAAAUAGGAUGUUUGCAAAUGUAUAUAAGUUAAGGUGAGAUCAUACUGAAGUAGGGUGAGCUAGAUCCAAUAUAAAAAGAGAAUCCUUGUUUUAAAAAAAAGAGGAUAAGACAAACAGAGACAGAGACAUAGUGGAGAAUGCCACGUGAAGACAGGCAGAGAUUGGAGUGCUGCAUCUAACAAACUAAGGAUUGCCAAACAAGCAAACACUGGAAAGUGAGAGAGACAGGCAUGGAACAGAUUCUCCCUCAAAACCUCCAGAGGGGUGGGAUGAAUUGGGAGACUGGGAUUGCCAUAUAUACAUUACUAAUAAAAAAAAAUCAAAUUCUGUAAAUAUAUGUAGUUUAUUGUAUGUCAAUUAUAUCUCAAUAAAAUUCUUUAAUAAAAAAAAGUCUA